CCCCCCAACCAACACUCCGCCUGGGUGGAGCAGCGUGUGAACGCGGCGCUCGAGCUGAACCGGUUGCCGGGGCGGGGGGGGCAUUAACGCAUGCGCUGUCCCCCCCCCCGGCCGUGCCUGGGUGGAGCAGCGUGUGAGCGCGGUGCUCUGGGCAGAUGACAGCAGCAACCAGAAAUGAAGUGCUUAGUCUUUAUCGAAGAAUCUUCAGAAUAGCAAGAACAUGGCAGGCGCUAUCAGGUUUAUCAGAUGACACUUUGAAAGAAAAACAAUACAUCAUUACCGAGGCCAAAACGUUAUUUAGAAAAAAUAGAAAUUUAACAGAUGCAGAAGCAAUUAAAAACUGCAUAAUGGAAUGCCACACAAGGAUAGAGAUGGGACUACAUUAUAGAAUUCCUUAUCCACGCCCUAUACAUUUACCCCCAAUGGGACUUGCUGAUAAAAAAGGACGCAAGUUUAGAACGCAAGAGAGGCUGAGGAAACUUGCCAAACCAGUGUAUCUGCAGUCACAUGAUGAGAUGUAACAGUAAAAAGUCAACAUUUUAUAUCAUAAGAGGCCAGACAAUGGAAAAUAAUUGAUUAGUCAUCACCUGCAAGAUGUGCGUCUAUUUUGUGAAGAAAUCGUAUGUCCAGUUUGAGCAAAAUAUGUUAAAAUUAGCAACAGCUGGUGUGUUUUGAGUUAUUCCUUUUUAUUGUUUUGUUCAC